AUGAUCAAACAAAUCAUGCGGUUGCUACCCAAUGAGCUCACUGUCGAUCCCUCACGAUACCCCGCUGGCGCUCACAUGUCACUUGGUCCGAUCUCCAAAACUCUGGUGCCCCAAUUGCUGGACCUACGACUGCACCAGAUGAACAUCGAGUUGCGCUUACAUGAACACUGCUCCAUCCAGAACGGAUCUCGCGCACAAACACCUGCAUGGUCUACAAUUGUGGCUCACGCCCGCGCUGUCUUCCAGUGGUAUGUCAAACAGAUGGUUCUGCCUACCUUGACGAACUCAGAACAAAUUGAUCCAAGCGUCAUUCAAGAUUAUGUGAUGCUUAUCAAAUGGACUUAUCAACUGGUCACGUUACAAUCAGUCAAUAAAGAUGACGUUUUGCUUAGUUCUCGAGGUUCCCAUGGCAUAUCUGCCGGUGAUGUCAUCGAGGUUUACCACCCGGACGAUGCGCAUCAUGCCUUGUUUCUUGUUUCAACCCUGCGAGACGACGUACUGACAAGAGAUGUGAUCAGCAUCGAACACACACUGGCCGUCACACUCAAGUUGCAACAGCACAAAAGCGUUUGUGUUCGCAAUUUUGAUUCUAUCACACUGGACAUGGUGGAGUUCUAUUUCAGGGAACAAUAUCUUAACCGUUGUGACUUGUACAGAUUCACGCAAGAGUUGCUCGGUAGCGUCCUACAAGUCAACAAAAAGGUGACACUCGAUGAUAUGAGAGUACAAGUUGGGGAGUUGUGGCGAAAGGGGGAGAAAUAUUCUUGUGGGUUUGUGGGACCUGCAACCAGGGCUGUUUUUCGCUCACUCACAGCAUUGGUCCAAGUUUUUAUCCAGCUAAGCGAAGAAAUGUGGUCGUUUGAUGAACACGGUGACUUGUAUUUUGAGAAGGCUCUUAAAUUUCUCUCUAAACUAUCCCUUCGGUUGUGGUCGGACAAUGGAUGCAGUCAUAAUGUUACUGUGAUUCUCUUCACUCGUGUCUAUCUAGAAGGGUUACCUGCUGUCAUACAGAAUCGGAUGCAUUGUAAUUCCAGUGGUCAAUUUUUCGAGGACUUCUAUCACGUUCUCGUUCAAAAUGAGCGCUUUCAAUCUGACGAAUGGAAGCGUGUACUCACUCAGUUGAAGUUGGAAUUCAAAGUCUUUCAACAAGGAUUGCUCUCCCACUUGUGGAAUCGAUAUCCUUCUCUGAAGAAGAACAACAACAACAACAAUCUCUCCUUUCGUAUCACCUCUGCUGCUGAGGGAAAUUUUCUCGAGGCCAUAAGCAUGGCGAUGAAUCUGUAUUCGAGCUAUAAUGUCGAUCGGAAUUGCGACCGGACUGGGAACAUGCCUCUAGUCAUCACUCCUGGAACUGGAUGCUUCCGAGUGGAUUCUCGCCUACUUAAGCUGACUGACCAACGCGUUUUGCAUUUUGGUGUUGGGAUUGACCUGAUUUGUCUUGGUCCUCAGCCUUUGCAUUCAGUGCCUUUGUUCGAGGUUGUGGAUGCAGACAGAGCGAAAUAUGUCACUCCUUAUUGGAUCGAUUGCAGUUUUUUCAGGUCCACUCACGAGAUGCGAUGCAUGGGUUUGGGACACCCCAUCAAUCGUAUUCAGAUUUUCCCAUCAUUUGAAACCCACUCGGAAAAGUUCAAUGAUAUUACCUCUACUGUUUCAUCCACCUUAAUCGGUGAAAAGCUGCUGGAGAAUGAUUCGGUUCCUUCAUCGCCUCGCGACGUCACUCCGAUCUAUCAAAUCAUCUAUCCUCAUCCGCCUGAAGUGCCUCUUCUCUGCGAAUUGUCCGCUCCACAAGUAGACCUUUCGUCUACCAGUGAUGAACUACCUCAUCCAUCUUAUCGACCACAGGGAACAAAUCAUUCUCCAAUCACCACCACCACCCCCUUAUCAUACCUACCGAAUCCCACCGUCUCUGCUCUUCACACCACAGCUCUCGAUAGCAGGAUGAACCGAGACCUGAGCGCAGGUUCACACUGCAGCGACUCCAACACCGGCUCACCGGAUGCCCUACACUCGGAUGCAGAUGGAUCGACGCCUCCGCCUCCACAGCAGAGUAUUCCAACCGAGAUCGGUGUUUCUGCUUCAAAACUCAUUCCGCAACCGUCACGGAGCUUAAGAGCGAACUUAGGUCGUUCCACCAACAGUGGUGCUUCGUUUCCUUCGAAUCACGAACACCGCGUUGACUUUUGGCAGAAUGCGUCUAAUGGUCGCUCACUACCGCCUCAUCUUUUGCAGGUCACGGGUGGUCCUGCGCGGCGUCGCAGCGACUGUUUAAGCGGCGUCGCGGGCAAAAAUAUUGGCUCAUGCCGCUUUACUUAUCGCGAUCGACAUUGGAGCUUUGCUGGCUGUACUCCACAACACUCCAGGUCACUAAUGGGACCCUCUCGAGAACCACCAGCUAUCAUGGAGACUUCCACUCGUUCUGUUUCCAAAUUGAAUGCUCACUCUUCAUCUCAGCCGAUCUACACAAGUGCCAUCAAAUCUACUGGUUUGCCGUCUCAUCUGACCAUGUACCGACGGAAUCCGGAAGUGUCCACCUUGUUUCCACUGUUUCAAUCGCUCAAUCCCUUCGAUAUCUCUGGAAAUCAGCCGGCCUCAACCGUGACUGCUGGCCAACGCUGUUGGGCGUUCACCCGUCCCCCUGGUUUGUCGAUUUUCUUUAUUUUUUGUGCUACUAACAGUAAUAUGUAA